GGCCCGCACUAGCAUGAAGACUGCGGCCUUCGUGCUUAGCCUUGGCGCGACGCUCGCGCACGCGGGCUUCUGCAACGACAAGCGAACCGAUUGCGUCAACUGGGCCAAGGAUGGCGAGUGCACGGGCGAGAAUCAGAAGUUCAUGAUGUCGCAGUGCCCGCUCUCGUGCGGCAUCUGCACGCACACGUGCAACGACACCGACGAGUCGUGCGGCGCCUGGGCGAGGGCCGGUGAGUGCGAGGAGAACCCGGAGUCGAUGCUGCGCCUCUGCCCGACCAGCUGCGGGCUCUGCACGCCGGAGUGCAAGGACCUGCACACGGACUGCCCCGGCUGGGGGUCCGCGGGUGAGUGCAACGACAACCCAGAGUUCAUGAUUCGAAACUGCCCGGUCACUUGCGAGGCUUGCAAGUCGACUUGCCGCGACCUCAAGUCGGACUGCCCUGGCUGGACGGCAGACGGCGAGUGCUUCAAGAACCCGGGCUUCAUGUACAAGGAGUGCCCUCUGUCGUGCGGGGUGUGCGAGGGCGUCAAGUGCGCCGACGGCAACGCGACGCAGUGCGCCAUCUGGUCGGAGGCGGGCGAGUGCGUCAACAACCCGCUCGCGGUGAUGAAGGAGUGCCCGGACUCGUGCGAGGUGUGCUCGGUGGUCUGCAUGGACCACGACGAGUCGUGCAGCGGCUGGGCCAAGGACGGCCAGUGCGAUGACAACAAGGGCUUCAUGUACCGCGUCUGCCCGGCUUCGUGCGGCAUGUGCCAGGCCCUCGAGGCGCCCGAGAAAGACGAGCUCUAGCGGCGAGGGCGACGGGCUCCCGCGGGCCGCGCCCGUCUACUACAUCCAUCUUGCAGCCCCUCUCCACAGGCAGGGACAUCUCACGCACACACACAAAACACACACGCACACGCGCCGUGUUGGCCAGCGGCGCCCAGCUCGAGCUGCACGACGCCCACGAGGCCGUGUCUCCAGGUGAGAGGUGUGCGCACGGUAAACGAAAAUUCCCGCUUUUAUUUCUCCGCGUUUAAUCUUAA